AUGGAACGGAGUAUAAGUGUGAACAAACUGAAGAACAUGACAAUUAUUAUCAAGGAAUUGAAUGAGAUCGUGUCAAAGCCAUCACGCCUUGUGGUCAAAUGCAGUGGAAUUUCUGCAAGAAAAGUCGCAUAUUGUAACCUUAGCUUCAAUGGAAUGGAUUCGGGAGAAAAGUUUGGAAAUCCAAUUAUUAAUUUCAAUGCGAGCGGGGAUUUCAACCCAAUUCAAAUGAAUAGGUUGGAAGUGGACAUAAAAGAUCCUGCAGAUCUCGAACCGGGAAGUCAGUUCACUUUUAUCAUAUCCGUGCGAUUGAGCGAUGCAGCCUUGGAAGUAGAGAAACGUCUAUUGAAGAUUGACGUUCUGAUUGACGGAAUUCCAUGUCUUGAUCAUAUCCAGUUGAAAAUUGUAGAUGACGCGGAGUACAAAGCGGUGUUGAACGCAGCGCUGACGACGAAAACACUGGACGUUUAUCCCAGUGACACCGUUCGACUGGCAAUGACCAUCUCACAUCACGAGAAAUCUCGAUUAGAAUGCAAAUUGGUAGACAUCCGAAUGCAUCGCAAUCUCUGGAUAAAGAACUUCACCGUUUCAGCUUCCACCAAUUCACUUCCUGUUACUGUUACACAGCCGUAUAGACUGACUGAAGUGUCGGUAAGUGGACUAUGCUUUUGGUUAUCUAUCGGAUCUCAAUCGUCUUGA